AUGGUCACCUUAUUAAGCGAAAUCCAUUUUUGGACGACACAAGAAGAUAUUAUCCUAAAAAAUACGGAUUACGGUUCAUUUAAGUACCACAACAAAAAGGAAGGAAAUGACUUGGUAAAUAGCCACAGUAAAAAGAAAUAUUGUGAACAGAGAGGCGUAUUAUGGUAUCUACCAAAUAAAAGACCGCAGAAACUAAAAGAUAAGUUAAAAGAGUUAGAAGAGCAUUUAAUACAUAAUAGAAUAGUAAAUUUUAAGUUUGAAGAAAAUAAAUUAAUAUUAUUACUGUCAACUGGAUUAUUAGUGACUAUAUCUGUAAAUAACAAGACAGGUGAUCUUACUAAUAUUAUUUUUGAUAAACAAUUAUCAGCCAAACUUCAAGCUAACAUUAUCUGUGAUGGUACAAUUUUCGACAACCAAGUUAUUUGCAUUUGCAACGACGGUCACGUAUUAGGUUACGGGGGACAGUGGAAAGAGGGUUGGGUGCUAGAAGGAGGCCCUAGACGCAGACUGAAUUAUUACAAUGAGUGGCUAGUGGUGUGGGGAAAAGCAGGAGCUGAACACCCACAACCGUGGAGUCCUUUAGCAAAAGAUCAUCAAAGAGCCAAUUUGCAUCUGUAUUGGAUUGGAGCUGGUGAUCCUGAAUUGUUGUCUUACAAGAAAACUGAUGCUGAACCUUUGGAAAUGGUUGUUAGCAAAUUGAAACAUAGGACUUUGAUUGUUAUCGAGCAAAAGGUGACUCAAAGAGGUGCCGUCUCAGUGGAAAUCAGCAACUUUGAGCUAGUGGGUACCAAUUUAAAAAGAAUAUCAGUUACAUCAGUACCGCUCCAAACCCAAGUUAGUUGCUUAGCUUUGAGCAAACUCGAGGACCGUUUACUCAUCUGUUGUAUAGAUGGAUCACUAGCGCUUCUAGAUCGUAACAGAGGUUCCACCAGAACCGUUAAAGCAGGUUUUAUACCUACUUUACUAGAUUGGCAUCCAGAUGGCGCAGUAGUUGCUGUAGCGAAUGAUAGAGGACAGUUACAAUAUUAUGACACAGCGUUAAAUUGUAUAAAAAGUCAGUUUUUAAACGAAGAUUGCCUUCCUUCGCCUAUAGUUAAUCUAUCUAUCUAUUUCAAUCAACAUUUCAGCAUUGCUUCUAUAAAUUGGGGAUCUAAAGAUCUGAUUAUCGCAUUUGAACAAGGUCCAAUAGCUACGAUAACGCACGUUAACAAAUCUUUAAAUUUCAAAGCUCUGACACAGAAUUAUUUGAGUUUGGGCAAGGUGGAUAAGGCUAUAAAGUUAUUGCUGUCUUGGGAGUUUAGGGAAGACAGUUUUUUCGCUCUACAAAGGAUAGUUGCGCAUCUGAUGCGAUCGCCUUUGAAUGAAGAGGUUGCGCAUCACUUGCAGAACGCUUUGGGAUGUUAUCAUAACAGUCCUGUGCCGAUUAGGUCGCAGAUUAGGCAUCGGUACGACAGUCAAGUUAUUUCUUUGACAAGACGUUUUUUCCACCAAUUAGUCAGAUCGGAAAUGUUCGAAACGGCUUUCCUCUUAGCCGUAGACGUCGGCCAUCACGAUCUCUUCAUGGAUCUCCACUAUAUCGCCGUCAAAAUAGGAGAGACCGAAAUGGCAGCUGCCGCAAGAGCUCAAGCGUCUGCGCUACUAAGCAGAUGUUCGAGCGAAACUUCCAAUUGUUCCCGAUCGUCGUGCUCUCAAUGCUCGGAAACGGAAAGCAGUUCCAGCGAGGAAAGCUCCUUCGAAAACCAACCCGAUACUCAAGAAACGGGGAUUAAAACGCCGUACGUUCCACCCUUACCGCUCAAUUCUGAUAACUGUUUAGCAACGGAUUUUAAUCAACCCGAUCCGACAACGUACAAACCGGCAACAGGCGUACCUACAGCGCCACCUAUUACUUCAUAUUUGAACGAUUGUUUCCGGUUUAAUUAUACGCCUCGCGCUACUUACGUUAAAUCACCUCAAGUGCCUAGUAGUUUUAAUAAAGUAGCGCUACCUAGUACUCCUGUUGUUGCUAGUAACGUAUCCAUAAUGCCGCCACCAAUACCGUUCACAGUACCGAUUUCUAGCGCAGGUGUUUUACCCUACAUGCACAGUACUUCGUUCGGGGAAAGUUUCAACGCAAAUCCGAUCGUUAGCAACGCUUUUUCUUUAAACGGUAACAUAUUCGGCAACGCUGCGAUGCAGAGCACUUCAUUUAUGACGAACAGUAAAUUCCCCGGUGCUCAUAUCUCGGAUUAUUCUAUAAAUAACACGAAGAAACCUCCGUUACCGACAGGAAAAGUUCCAGCGUCGGUUAUACCCAAAUUGAAUCAUACUGAAGAUCUGAUAUCGUUUAAUACAGCUUCGAAUUGUGUUAUUAAUAAGAAACAUCAACCGAAAGUGAAAUUUUCCGAUACAGUCACAGCGUUUAUCGUACCUGAAAUUAAAAGGCCGCAACGGCCCGUGCCUCCGUCUCACGUGACCGAUCCGCAAAAGGAGUUGGCCGAUAGUUUGCCGUUGUGCCAUCCGAACGAGGAUUAUUUGAAGGAUUUUACGCCUGUUAAAAAAGAGGAUGGCAGCGAGGAAAGCGAGAGCGAGAAACCUAAAAUUAAGGUAAUACAU